AUGAAUCCUACAGCACCCGAUAUGGCGGAUUCGGAUUCUGACUCUGACUCUGACGGCUCAGUCAACUAUGACAAUGAAAAUGAACAAGGUGUGGGCAGUUAUGUCGACAGCAAAGAUGUCAAAAGUUUCGAGGAACAAUACAAGGCAGCAGUCAAGGCAAUAAAAACAACAACAAACGACAGAGAAAUCGAUGUUGAUAGGUUUCUUUCUGCGCACGGCGCCGUUGCUGGCCAGUCCGCUGGCCAUGGCUCAGAGAAUCUAUUGCACGCUAUAGUAGAUAUGAUCAAACGCGACGACAUGAAAUCAGAACAUGUGAGAUGUCUUGUUCAGCGACUAGUCGAGGAUUAUCCGAAGCUUCUGCUGCAUCAAAGCAACGACGGAUACAACCCAUUACAUAUGGCAAUUAGGGACUCCGCGUAUCAACUUGCCGAGUAUAUGAUCUCUGCCUGCAUCAGCAGCAAGAAUACAGAUGCAACUAGACCGUCUGCUAAGCAAAACCUUGAAAUAACGCUCCUACAGACCGCGCAGGGCGGAAGAACAACUCUACAUGCUGCUUUCUUAGGCAACUUGAACCUCAGCACGGCUAAGUUAUUGAUAGAGAAUGCUAGUGACGACGCUUUGGAAGCUCAAGACGAUAAAAAUAAUACGCCGAUGCACUACGCGGCAUCGUUCAAGCAAUGCACUGACGCUGGCGCUGAAAUCAUAGCUCUGCUUAUUGCCCGAGAUUUGGAGGCUCUUCGCCGAAAAAAAUCAUCCGGGGCAACCUUUCUCGACUUGGCAAACGCCGAAGGACGCUCCGUCUAUGAAGAACUUCAAUUUUCAAGACAAAACGAAAUUAGGCGACAACGAGCGAGGAAGAAGCAGCGCACUCCGAACCAAAUACCUGAUCAAUCGGUCAGUACUGCUCGCCCCGCAAGUAACAUACCACCCAAAUAUCCCAAAGCAGACAGCAAAGCGCAAAUCAGCGUGCAAGUCAGCGCAAGAGAUGCUGCGCCCCUGUUGGAUUAUAGUAUUAAAGAGGCAAAAUUAGACGACCGCGAAAGGGAGCGACAGCAAAAAAAGAAAGAGGAGGCUGAGAGGUUAAAAGCAGAGGCAGAAGCCCUCGCACGAAAGAGCCGUGUUGACUUCGUAAAAGGCCAAGGCACUACUGGCCGUGACGCCAGUAGGCACUCUCAGUCUCAGACGAACGAUAUAGAGAGUCAAAUUCUUACAGUGCCAUCCACUUUGGAUGAUGGAAGGAAGACGAUCAAGUCAGUCGAGUCGUUAGCUAAUACGUCUAUCAAAAGAAGAGACACGGGUCGAUUGGAUGGCAAGCUAGAACAAGGUGGUCUUGCCGCUGAAGCUCCUCCUGUCGCCAGUAAAUCCAAUAUCCAAGGCGACUUCAAUGUGAAGCGAAAAGUCUCCAAGGAGAUUCUCCUAAAAUUGAAGUUACAUUACAUGAGAACUAGAACCUCCGAGAUGGUCCUUGCUUUUCUUUAUGGAGCAAAUAUGAAUGGUGAGUUUCAAUGGAUGAAAAUUGAUGAAUAUGUAAACUGGUUAACUAGAAUGAGUCUAGAUGUCCAAAUCAGCUUUGAUUACGAUCGUUUGCCAGCCAAGGUUGUGUGGAACGAGUUCGAGAAGCAGUUUGGCAGAGACAACAAAUCCGGGUUCAAAUUUGAUAGAGUUUUACAAUACGUAACUUUUCCCCAAGUGGAAGUCACCGUCAAGGGCCGUCUUAUGGACCGGCAGAUGGGAGCAGACAAAAGUCAACAGGAGCAUCUUGGCCGUAAAGACAUGGUGCACUUCUUUAACUGGCUUUAUGAGAAGGGGGUUCGUCACAUCAUUAGAGUAACCGUCAAUGACUCUGGCGAUCCAGGAGAAAAGAUUCACACAGACCAGUCAAUUCAACAAUGCCUUGAGCGCUUUGUUGUGGAAUCCCUUGACUGGCAAAAGACAGACUUGGACCCAGAGACAAUCCUCAGAGUCAGCGCGAGGAGCUUAGAGAAGGCUGCACCGACAAGUGAAGAUCCAAAGAAUGUGGAGCUUCUCCCUGAUAGGCAAUUGAGAGAACUACGGCUUAGAUGGAGUGGGAAUAAUGCUGUACUUCGGGCAUGGAGCGAGCCAGAAGGCUUGCCAAUGCUGCCUCGAUUAGAAAGUGUCCAUCUUCUGACUCCGCCGGCUAGCAAAAUGUUUGAUGAUCCUCAGUGGGUUAAACAAAAGGUCGAAGAGUUUCGAGUGAGACUCAACAAGAACUUUAGAAAAGCUCGAGAUGAAGAUCUAAAAUUGGGACAAGAGGAUGCUUUUCAGGCAACCAACGAAAUAGAAGUAUUGCUCGAAGCCAUAGAUAUGGAUGGUGGCUCCAAACUCACGGCUCGAGGUGUUUCGAAUUUCACAACAUCCACUUCUUUUAAGGGCCUCAACUCACAUCGAUGGUUGAACUCUACAUCUAGAUUUGCCGGCGAAAUGAGGUCUUUUUGGAAUAAUACAUUAGAGCAGUGGAAUAACAUUCCUAACAAGCUACUACGACCCGAAGACGACUUUGAAAGCGACGUUGUUGUUGCUUUGAUCGACGACGGCGUCGAUAGGUUGGAUAACACCCUAUCCGGUCAGGUUCUAGAAGGGAAAAGUUUCGAUUAUCACGAUGGUCAGGUACGGCCGCCGUUUUCCUCGGCAAGGGGUCAUGGGACGGUCAUGGCCAGUAUGAUCCUGCGUGUAUGCCCGAUGGCCAAGAUUUAUCCUAUACGACUCAAGACGUACGAUGUGACCGGAGGCAAAAGCCAAAUUGACCGAAAAUACGCGGCGAAGGCAAUUGAAGCAGCACUUGCAAAAAAUGCCACUAUUAUUUCUAUGUCAUGGACGCUGCCGAAAUCAUCGGCCGAGAAUGAAACUAAAGAUGAGCUCCACGAGAUCCUAGAAGUGGCUGUCAAACGAAAAGUUAUCAUGUUCUGCUCAUCGCCCGAUGCAGGGAAGUUCACCGAACUCGAUUACCCAAGCGGCCCCUGGCGCAGUCGUUUCUUUCGUAUCGGCGCUGCUCGUGCUGAUGGCACCGUUUUUGAAUGGACAGCCGAGGACGGAAUUUCCUUUGUCCUCCCCGGCGUCGACGUCGUCAAAGAGCAGGCGGGGAGGACCUCAUCCGAGAUGCAGUCGUUUGGCGUGACAAGUCGUGUAACCGACUUCAAGUACGAGACUGGUUCGAGUGUGGCUACGGCUCUGGCCGCCGGUUUGGCCGCCAUGAUUAUUUACUGCGUCAAGGCCAGCAUCAUGGCCCUCAGGAUCGCUAAUCAGAACAUGGAUUCUGUGAUAGGCAUUGCGAUUACCAACGGCGAUUUGAAGAGGAUAUCCGAGCACGAUGCCAUGAAACAGGCCUUCUCCACCCUAGGCAGUGUAACGGCUAGCAGAUUUAUUCAGGUCUGGGAGAAGCUUGAUGCCAUCAGCGAUAAAUUGGAGGCUGCACAGUCCAAGGUACUCAUGGAUGAUGAAAAAAGGGAACUCACACAGUCGUUUGUAAACUUUGCGUCGAUGCUGCUCAACGGCAAGCAAUCAGAUGCGAAUAUGGGAGAGUAUAAUGGGCUCGGCAUGUAG